AUGCUACCAACUUAACCUAUAUUUCAAAACAAUAUACAAUUAAAUACUGAUAAGAAACUGAAACCAAAAAAAAAUAAAUAAGAAAGUGAGUACAAAAUCUUUGAAAAAAAGAGAAAGUAGCUUCAUGGAAUUUUUAUAGAAUUAUUUAAAUUAUUUGGAAAAUUUGCAAUUAAAAGGAAUAAUCUCACAAUUGAUGAAGCUGAGAAAUUCGGAUCAAGAUUCUAAAGUGUAGAAAAUUUUAUCUUUUUAAAAUUAUAGUCUACAUUUAGAAAGCAAAUUGCUGUAUCAAUAUCAAAUAUUCUUUGUGUUUUUCAGAAUGAUUAGUAUUUAGAAAAAUUGAUCAAAUAUCUCAUGGAAAAGGCUAAGAAGAAAAGGGCAAAAAACAAUAAAUCUAAAGGAAAAUUAUUAGGACAGUUAAGUAUAGAUAAAGAAGAAGAUAUCAGAUAAUAACUAAUAUUAAUUAUUGAAAAAUUAUAUUAAUUAUAUAUAAGUAAAGAUGAUUGA